AUGAAGCGGAGGCUGAGCGAGAUGUCGGACGUGAAGGACGUGAAGACCGAGCCCGACGAUCUACAGCAGACGGUGGCGACGCUCGUCGCGCAGCAAGUGGCUGCGGCAUUGCUAGCUCCACUUAGUGGCGGUAGCACGGCACGCUUCGGGCGCGUAGCCUUCAGGGAGCAAGAACAGCAAAGUGUGGGCGCCUUCCUCCACCAGAAAUUGGGCAAGGACAGUCUGGCUCGAAGGCCUGGACCUGGAGGUCGCAAGUUGACAUACAUUGAGAGUUGCAAGGCCAUCGAACUGGCCAAUCGCGCGUUUGGGUUCAAUGGGUGGUCAUGUCAUAUCGUUGAGUGCAAAGAGGAAUAUAAAGAGAAGAAGGGCGAUCGAUGGAGCAUCGGGUACAGCGCCUUGGUGCGCAUUGAGCUGAAGGACGGCACGAGCCAUGAAGACGUUGGUUUCGGUACAUCAGAUGGACAGAGAGACCUAGGGGCAGCGCUGGAACAGGCGAAGAAGGCGAGCAUUUCGGAUGCGAGGAAGAGGGCGCUGAGAUUGUUUGGCGAGUACCUUGGCAACUCGUGCUAUGACAAAGACCAUAUCAAGGACGUGAACUCGAACAAGCCCAUGGCUCCGCUGGCAGCAGCACCGAACGUGAUUCUCCCAGGACAGCAACAGCAGGGAGCAGCAGCUGCACAAGCUCCUAUUAUCAAUAGGCAACCUAGAGCGCAGAAUGGACCCCAGCCGCCACCACAGAACCAACUCCAGGCUCAGCAACAGCGACCGCCGCAGACUAUUCAACACCAACAACAGGUUCAGCAAUCUAUUCAGCACCCGCAACCUCAGCAACAACAGCGUCAGCCUAUUCAACAACAACGACCUCAGACACCCCAGCAAUCGAUCCAGCAGCGCCAACCUCAGCAACAACAGCACCAGCAGAUCCAGCAACAACGACCUCAGACGCCUCAGCAAUCGAUUCAGCAGCAACAACAGCGCCAGCCUCAACAGCAGCAGCAGCAGCAGCGUCAACCACAGCAGCCUCAGCAAUGGAAGCCGCCCCAAGUCUUGCGAAAUCCACAUCAAAUGAAUGGCAAUUCAUCCAUGCAGGUGGCCAAUUCAAGAGCUUCGACGAUGCAAACAGCUACAAGCAGCAGUACGAAUUCUGGGCAUGAAGCUUCUACUUCAACAGCUGCACCAAGCUCUUCUUCCAGUCCGUUCUGUCCGCAGCCGCAGCGUUGGAUAUCUUCAAACGCACCGCCUCCGCCGCGCAUGAUGACUUCGAAUUACCCUCCAACAAUUGUGAAGACGGAGCAUCCUGCGACGGUUCAAGCUCAAUCAAACGCACAAUACAACAUGGAUGACCUCAGCCUCUCUCAAUUCGAUUACGAUCCUAACGCGGAAAGCAGCAAUCCAGCCAAGAAGAUGCGGUCGUAACACGAAUGUUACUACGGAAAGUCGCGGAGACUCGAUCAAGUUAAAUGAAUGAGCUAAGUGGUGAAACUGAGGCACAUGAAUCCUACGGAAUGAUGCCGUUUGUGAUCUUCUGGAACUGGUCGUAGCGCUUGGUCCACUUGUUCUUGUAACUCGCGCGAAUCAUCUUGACCACCGCUUUAACAGUUUUCUCAGUGGAGUAGUUAAGCAGAAAACGACUGCGAAGCUUCUGCAGGUCGCGAGACACGUCACGUCCUUGAAAGCACGGGAAGGUUGAGUUGUGCAUCAUAAUCUCGACAAGCGCCACCACCCGGUCAGAUUUCCGUUGAGCGGCUAGCAAGCCUAAUGCCACCAGCUGCACAAACUCGCCGAAUAGUGGGGACGAUACCCCGCCCAGCACAGCGACCAUCUCUUUGGUUAACUUGAAAGGUGCCGUCUCGAAGCUCCAGUUGCCGCCUGGAGCAAUGCCGAGCAUAAAACCGAAGUCGAUGUGCACGAGGUAGCCUUCUGUGUCGAGCAUGAUGUUUCCGUUGUGGCGAUCUUUGAUCUGAAGCAAGUAGCACACGAUGGAGUAGGCUGCAAGACUGUGCAGGAAAUUACGCUGGGCCUUCUUGAAAUCAUCACCAACACCGUAAGUUCUCUCGAAGUGAGCGCGCAAGCCUGCAUAGUCGCUUCUCUUCUUGAGGCCAUCCAACGACUGCGCGUCAGUGAUGGUCUCCAGUAGACCACUGGUACGACCCGUGGACACAAUUCGAUAUGGACGUAGCCACAAUGGCAGGCCACUCUCACGGAAAAUGUUCUGGAACGUGGUGAUCAGCUGCAUCGCAAAGACUUCCUGUCGAAUAUCGUCAUUGCUUUUGGAGAUCUACACACGAGUAGGACAGAGUCAACCCCUAAUGAUAAGCACUAAACCAUGCAGUAUACGUACCAGUGAGAUAACGUUCCA